UCUCUCUCUCUCUCUCUCUCUCACACACACACACACACACACACACACACACACACACACACACACGCCACCUUUUUCGGGCGGGAAUGUUUGUUUGGAGCCAUGACCUCUCUCUCUCUCUCUCCCUCUCUCUCUCUCUCACACACACACACACGCCAGCUGUUUCGGGCGGGAAUGUUUGUUCGGAGUCAUGGCCACGGUAUCUUUGUGAGGAGGCUCAGAGAAUCUUUGCUGUGGGUGUCACUCUCAUGGGCUGCUCUUUUGGAGCACAUGGACAAGAUGGGGGACUUUUAUGGUGUUUCAAGCGGUAGUGCUCCUGGUGUCGCAUGGAGAUUCUGUGGAGCUAUUUUGUGGCAUUGUGGGCCGACUCCAAAGGACUCUUGAACUCCCUUCCAAUUUUUUCGGCGCAUUGGAGAUUCUGGUCGGUGCUUUCUUGGUGGUAGUACCUUCUAUGCUGCGGUGCACUUAUUUUUUGUGGUCCAUGCAAAAAAUGAUGCAAGGUAAUUGUUAAGGAUGUUGCCUUUUGUCCUUCAUCCGUGUGUGCCUGAAUGUUUGGUUCUGUGCCUGGUAUGUGAUUUUGUGGAGCAGGCUACGGUGAGUUUGGGCACUUGCUGCUUUCCUCUCUACCUUUUUCCCUUCGAUUGAAAAAACUUAUAUUUAUCCACUGGGAGUUAUGGGACAAUGGCAUCAUGGUCCAUGCCAUGACUGAUGUUACAGUUUUUUUUUUUUUUUUUUAGAGAGGUGCUGAUAAGAGCAGACACCUC